AAGGAAGCCAGGAAGGCGGCGAGAGUGAAUCACAGCGGGACGCACACGCUCAGCUGCCUCCCGUGUGUGUGUGUGUGUGUGUGUGUGUGUGUGUGUUACUAAGCCACGUUCAUUGUAUCGGCAGCACGUGAACGGAGGGAUGAGGUGGAGUGGCCGUGGGAGGGGUCUGUGCGGGGGGAGGCGUUGCUGGAGUCUCCUCGUCACCAUCGCCGCUGGACUCCUUCUUGGGAUGCUCUACACUGCGACAACGAUUGAAUCUCUCAUCCCGAAAAAGCUGUACGACUUGGAGGAUGAGAACGACUUUGUGGUGGACGAUGGUGGAGUCGCAAACGUCGCCAACCCAAACAGUAACGGUGGUGGUGGUGGUGUGGGUUUGGCGUCGGCGCGGGAAGGUCACUUGAAUAACGAUGAAAAUGUGAUUGUAACAAGUGAAUCAGACUCGUCGGAGACACACCAAAGAGUUUCUCUCAGAUUCAACACAAGCUCGACCUUCACCCCCAACGACUCGCGAAACCAAAGCAUCGCAAACCACAAAACGAUACUCUUCUACACCAAAUUUUUCUCUAGUUCCUGGGAUGGAUAUUUUAGCCAAAUGGACUCCAUGCACCAGUGUCCCGUCUCCGCCUGCACCUUCCUUCAGGACUCUCCCAACCCGGACGAUGCAGACGCCUUGAUAUUCCACGCCUACGACUUCAAUAAGGGGUCGCUACCAAAGAGGCGGCGUCCUGAGCAGCUGUAUGUAUGGCUCAGCUGGGAGGCACCUAGCUGGGAGGAGAGUGAGGGGAUACGUCAGCUUAGGGCGAAGUUCAAGACAUUCGGGAAGCUCCUUGAGAAACGGUACGAGUGGAUGUUUGGACUCCCGGAUUACUUCAACUGGACCAUGACGUACCACCGAGCUUCCGACGUGAUGGUGCCAUACGGGGCGCUCUUGCCUCUGUCCGGUGAAGCUGACCCGCUACGCCCAGCCCUCCUCGACAAGUCCGGACCCGCCUACGUGAGCUACCUGAAGGCGCUGGAGUCUGCUACGCUGCUGCAGGGGAAGAGGGAGGACGGGGAGGACUGGGCGGCCUUCUUGACGAGGCCUAAGUUAGUGGCCUGGAUGGUGUCACACUGCAGCACGACCUCGGGUCGAGAGUAUUACGUGCGGGAACUUCGGUGGCACAUUGAGGUGGACGUGUUCGGCGCCUGCGGGGAGCGGCAGUGCCCAAAGGACCACAUGGAGGAUUGCUACACCAGCGUCCUCCGUCCCACCUACAAGUUCUACCUGGCCUUUGAAAACAACCUGUGCGAAGACUACCUGACAGAGAAGGUGUGGCUGCCGCUGAUCCACGGGCUGGUCCCGGUGGUCUACGGCGGAUCGCGGUACUCAGACUUCCUGCCCCCUCACUCCUAUGUGGACGCCACCCACCUGCGGCCCCAAGAGCUGGCCAGCCUCCUCACCAGCAUUGCGAGUUCACCAGAGCAGUACGGGCGUUAUCAUCUAUGGCGGAAGUAUUGGCGGCCGAAACGGAGCCUUCCCCUGUGCGAAAUCUGCCUCUUGCUGCAUCGGACGGCUCGCAGCAGCAACGCGGGGGCAGCGACGCGGCGCCCACACUCACAGUACUACCGCGACCUCCGGGAGUGGUGGUGGGGGGUCAGCAAUUGCACGACUCACUACCCGUGGAAGCGAUACCCACGCCACUAGUGAACUGCAAGGGUGCAAGAUCGGAGCCUACGCCCCUUCUGCAAGCUCUUCCUUCCGAGGCCAUUCCCUUGACGGCAGUUCCAGUAAUGGUAAAUCUUAACACGUCUGCUGCGAUUGGCUUGGAUUUAGCCUUUACUGGUAGCCUGGAAACAUAUACUCCCAGGUCACCUACCCUUCUUCUUUCGCUGGGUCAUAUUCUUAACCCCUUGAGUGCGUAUUUAUUACCAGAAGACAUCACCAAGCUACAGGAAUGGAACAAAAAGUGGCUGCUACAAUUCAAUGAAGAAAAUGUAAAGUCCUGCACCUUGGGAGGGGAUAUCCAGCACACCAAUACCACAUGGGAAACACUCCACUAUCCACCACAGAGGCAGAGAAAGACCUGGGAGUGUAUGUUACCAGGCUACCAGUGAAGGGAUAUCCAGCACACCAAUACCACAUGGGAAACACUCCACUAUCCACCACAGAGGCAGAGAAAGACCUGGGAGUGUAUGUUACCAGGCUACCAGUGAAGGGAUAUCCAGCACACCAAUACCACAUGAGAAACACUCCACUAUCCACCACAGAGGCAGAGAAAGACCUGG